AUGACCUCGACAGAUGGCUUCUCUUGGACCAAGGCUGAUGGACUGCGCCCUGGCAUUCCUUGCGUCGGUGCCAUCCAACCGCCCACCAACAUUAAGUCCGCAGAUAUAGAAUUCGAUGUCAUCGUCGUCGGUGCUGGAUACGCCGGCCUUACCGCCGCACGCGACAUCAGCGUAGCAGGCAUCAAGGUGUUGCUCCUGGAAGCACGGGAUCGUAUCGGCGGCCGCUCAUGGUCAUCCAACAUUGACGGCUACCCAUACGAGAUGGGUGGUACCUGGGUGUACUGGGGCCAGGCCACCAUCUGGCGAGAAAUUGCGCGAUACGGCAUGCAGGACGAGCUGGAGAGCUCCUACGACUUUUCGCGCGGCAUCAAUAAGUUUCUCCUGGCGAGCACGGAUGGUACGCAGUCAUUCACACAUGAGGAAGAGGACGCAUUAAUGCAGACAAGCCUGUCAAAGCUAUUCAACGUCGAUGGGAGAGACGGUCGCGAUGCCCUACCAAUGCCGCACAGCGCUCACCUGACGCCUUCUGAUCGCCGCUUCGACACCAUAUCCGUGGCGGACCGUCUCAUCGAGAUCAAGGAUAUUCUCACACCUAACGAGCGCCUGUGCCUCGAGGGAUUCGUGCUGCUAUGCAGCGGCGCCACGCUGGCCACCACCAGCUUCUACGAGAUGCUGCACUGGUGGGCGCUCAGCGGGUACACGUAUGAAGGCUGUAUCAACCACCUUGUGCGCUUCAAAUUUCGGGGUGGCCAGUCGUCUUUCGCCCUGCGCUUCUUCGGCGAAGCCCUGGACUCUAAAAAUAUGUCUUAUGCAUUCUCCCAACCCGUCGUAUCCGUCCAAAACGGCCCCCACAAAGUACAAGUCACGACGAGGAGCGGACGGACAUUUACGGCGAAGCGCAUGAUUUCGGCGGUACCGCUCAAUGUGCUCGAUGCUGUAGCAUUUGAUCCGCCACUGCAAGAGGGAAAGGCGGCGGCAGCUAAGACCGGACAUGUGAAUCAGACGAUUAAAGUUCAUGCCGAGAUUCGAGAUCGUGACCUGCGCUCCUUUACGGGGAUUAGCUAUCCGCAUAAUGGUCUAAUUUAUGGGUUUGGCGACGGCGAAACGCCAGCGGGAAAUACGCACGUAGUGGCGUUUGGGGGCCUGCAUAAGCACUUUCACCCAGAAGACGACAUCAACCGCACGAUUUCCGAGUUUCACGGCUUCACACCAAUGCAUAUAGAAAGAGUGGUUUUCCAUAAUUGGUCUCGCGAUGAGUUUGCGAAAGGCGCAUGGUUCUUUUCUGCGCCAGGCCUGCUGGCGUCUCACUUUGAGGAGCUCCGAGCCCGCCAGGGCAACAUCUUCUUUGCUAGCUCCGACUGGGCAUCGGGCUGGCGCAGCUUUAUUGAUGGUGCCAUAGAAGAGGGUACCAGAGCCGCCGCCAGCGUACGUGCCGACUUGAUUGGUCGCUUUAAAAUUUAA